UUGACUGAUGAGCAUAGUUUUUUACGUUCAUCAAGUUGAGAGAUUUGAAGCAUUGACAGUCAGAAAUGGUUCUUUAAAAAUACAGUGUGAUUUGUUCAUUUACUUUUGCAUACUCAAACAAUAGUACCUCAUACUUGGGGUACUUUGAAAAGGUGUGGGUUAUUCUGUUGUUCGACUUUGUGUAGUUUUUCAAAAUAAAUAAACAAUAAUUCUAAUAUGUCGCCGGAAGAGUGCAGAAAAUAUUUGAGAUAUUUGGAGUUGGAUGCUUAUGCAAAAAUGGUAUCAGCUUUAAGAGCACAAGGUCCUCUGACCGAAGAGAAACAAAAAUUACUUGGAGAAUUAGCACAUGCUCUUCAUAUACCUAGUGAACGGCAUAAAGCUGAAGUUCGCAGAGCUGUAAAUGAUGAUAAAUUAGCACUGAUAGCUGAGCAAUUAUUUGGUCCUAAUAGUGAUACAGAAUGGUCUGUGGAAGGUCGCAGAAUGAUUCCUUUAUUUCCAAGACUAAAGGGUCGAACAGCAUACACGACGUUUGCCAAUAGUUUGUCUCUGACUACUGCCAUUGCUAAUGACAGAUCACCAUCUCAUCUAAGAAAACCGGAAGGAAAAUACAAAACUAACCCUUACUGCCAUCCCAAGUACAAUGACAAAUACUCAAAUAAUGAUGGUAAAAACACAUUUGUACCUAGAAAACGAAAAAGAUCAUCACAUGAGAUCAAUAGCUUCAACAAUGGUGCAAUAAGUUAUCCAAGCACAAGUUACAAUAAAAAGACAUUCAAAUCGUUGAAUAAUGCAAAAUCGUAUUUGCCACAAACAGUUAAAAGCCAGAACACAGUCAGUAGACAAAGGAUAGAUUCCGUAAAUACCUCAGAACCAAGCCACAGUCAAGAAAAUAUCGAAUUAAGAUUAGCAUCUUAACUAGCAAUUACUAUUAAUUAUAAUUAUAAUUAGUUGUUUGUAAAAUAAACAUGUAAUAUAUCUUAUUUGAUUAAGAAUUUUGUAAAAUCUUACCGUGAGUUAGA